UGAAAAGAAUACAUAAGAUCUAUGCGGGGAGACGUCAAGUAGACCUUUAUUGCAGAACUUGAGCGACGCUGUCACCGGAGCCACGCGUUUCCUGGAGCGACGAAUGUACGCCUGGAGUUGAAAACAAAUUAGCGUAGGAUGUGUUUUGUCCACGACUAAUCGUAGUCAUUCGACACGCAGCGUCAAUCAUGAAAUCAAAGUAGAACGCUAUAAUGGAACGAAUCAACUGAAUGAUGGACGGCAGUGUUGCUGGUUUGUUGAGCAGGAGCUGCAGGACCUGCAGAGAGACCCUCCAGCACAGUGUUCUGCUGGACCUGUGAGCGACGACAUGUUUCAUUGGCAGGCGACAAUAAUGGGUCCGGGUGACAGUCCUUACCAAGGAGGAGUUUUCUUCCUCACAAUCCUCUUCCCCGCCGACUACCCCUUCAAGCCUCCAAAGGUAGCGUUUACAACAAAGAUUUAUCACCCAAAUAUCAACAGCAACGGGAGUAUUUGUUUGGACAUUCUACGGUCGCAGUGGUCUCCCGCACUAACCGUGUCGAAAGUGCUAUUGUCCAUAUGUUCUUUGCUGUGUGAUCCGAACCCGGAUGACCCUUUAGUUCCGGAUAUAGCACAGAUCUACAAGAAUGACAAAGAAAAAUACAACAAACUAGCAAAAGAAUGGACCCAAAAGUAUGCCAUGUAAUGGAAACAAAGUUGCAUUUUGAAUGUUUGUGUUUUGUUCCCCCCCAAGUCACAGAACACUGUAAAAUAUAGGAAGGGAUUGAAUAACCUCCACUCAAAAGUAGUCUGAAUGACAAUCUCACACCAUGAGGCUCAUAUAGCUGAAAAUAAAGCAGCAUGUUUCAGCGUGCUUUUUAUUCAUUUUAAAAUUUGAAUUUUUGAUUUUUUUUUAAAUUCUCCUUCAAGGCCAGUUAUUAGAAACUGGUCUGUAGCAUAUAUAUAUAUAUAUAUAUAUUUUUUUUUUUUUUUGUUAAAGUCAAACUGUGUAAGCUGCCAUUUAGCCAAAAGGAUGAAUACCAGAUACUCCUUCCCUGACUUACUGUGUCCAUAAAUCAAAAUGGACACUUUUUUUUUUUUAAAUCGCUUUAACAUAACUUGAGCUUAAGUUUUUUUUUUUUAGUUCCUGUAUGCAAUUACACUGAAUGAAGCCAGUUUAGGAAUCAAUUAUCUCAGUGUUUUCUCACUUGUUGUUCUUGUAUAGUAUUUAAAAAAAAGAAAAAUCCUCCUAUGUCAGCAAAAUUGGCAUAAUCGAUGUGUAAAUCUGCCAUUUAAAACAAGUGACUUUUAGCCCGUGAGAAUUGCUGAGGGGUUUUUUUUGUUGUUGAAUCCAACAGGACUGAAGAUCCGAUUUUUCCUUCAGUCUGAAGGGGACGUUUAAUUUGAUUUAUCCAAGCUACAUAAAGGAUGAAACUCCUUUGUUUGUCUAUCAUCUCACUUGUCUUUGGCAAAUUUUGUAUUAAAAAUAAAUAUAGUCCAGUUUGUA